GGCUGCGCCGGGCCCUCUUCCUUCCUUUGUGCAUCCCCCAGCCCCGUGCAAGCCGUGCCCCCCCGCCCCGGCCGCCACGUCCCCGCUUCAUUCCACCCCCUCCCGGAGCCUCCCCCGGCCCUGGAGGCAGGAGGAAGCCGCCCCCCCCUCCCCGGGCAGGCAGAGCCGGGGCAGCGGCGAGGUGCCGGGUGCCACGUCGUGCCACCCUCCCCCUCACCCCCCCCCCGCUUCCCGACCAGGGCACCGAGGCCGCAUCCCCGCCCGCACCCAUCCCCGCUCCGCAUCUUCGGCGGCGGCGGGGUCCCCUUUGGCGGAUGCUUCGCGUCUCCCCGAACCGCUGGUGCUAAAUGCUGAGCGCCGACAGGAUGGAGGAGUUUCAGAGCGAGGAAGAGGAGCCCUGGUACGACCAGCAGGACCUGGAGCAGGACUUGCAUUUGGCCGCGGAGCUGGGGAAGACGCUGCUGGAGCGCAACAAAGAGCUGGAGGACUCCCUGCAGCAGAUGUAUGCCACCAACGAGGAGCAAGUGCAGGAGAUUGAGUACCUGACCAAACAACUAGAGAUGUUGCGGCAGAUGAACGAACAGCAUGCGAAAGUCUACGAGCAGCUGGACCUGACGGCACGGGACCUGGAGCUAGCUAACCAGAAGCUCGUGCUGGAAAGCAAGACAUCCCAACAGAAGAUACAGUGCUUGACGGAAACGAUCGAGGGGCUGCAGAACCAAGUGGAGGAGCUGCAGAAGCAGGUGGAGGAAAUGCGGAGCUUGGAGCAGCUCCGCAUUCGGCGGGAGAAGAGGGAACGGCGCCGAACCAUCCACACCUUCCCCUGCCUUAAGGAGCUGUGCUCCAGCCCCAGGUAUGAGGACGCGUUCCAGGUCCACAGCUCUUCCACAGAGUUCAACCAGAAGCCACUGGAGAGGGAGAAUGAGCGUCUCCAGGCCAUGGUGAACUCCCUGAGGUCCCAAGUCAACCAGGAGAAGCAGCGGAAGGAGAGGGUUGAGCGAGAAUACACCUCCGUUAUUCAGGAGUACUCGGACCUCGAGCAGCGGGUGUGCGAGAUGGAGAACUGCAAACUGCGCAUCAAGGAACUGGAAGCAGAGCUCUUAGAGCUACAACAGAUGAAACAAGUCAAGAAGUAUCUGCUCAGCAGAGAAGACAACUUAUCUGAGGCCCUCCUUGAGCCGCUGAACAACGCCCCAGAAGCAGACUACAUCGACCUCUCUGAGGAGGAGGGAGGAAAAAGUCAUGGGCCAUCAAUGACGCCUUCCCCAAACCACCCCGUCCGGAAAAGCUGCAGUGACACAGCCCUCAAUGCCAUCGUGACCAAGGAUGCCGUGAGUCGGCACGAGGGCAAUUACACGCUGCACGCUAACAAUGUGCGUAAACGAGGGAUGUCCAUCCUGAGGGAAGUGGACGAGCAGUAUCACGCCUUGCUGGAGAAGUAUGAAGAGCUCCUGAGCAAAUGCCGGCAGCACAAGGACAGUGUGCGCCACACAGGGGUCCAAACGUCCCGGCCCAUCUCUCGUGACAGUUCCUUCAGAGACUUCCGAGGAGAGGGACAUGAGUUGGAAGAGCGGAAAACCAUGGAGAAGACCAUCAGCAAACACGUGGAGGCCGUGGACAAGCGGCUGGAGCAGAGCCAGCCCGAGUACAAGGCUCUUUUUAAGGAGAUCUUCUCCCGCAUCCAGAAAACAAAAGCAGACAUCAAUGCCACAAAGGUGAAAAACAAGAGCAGCAAAUGAGUCCUGCCUCUCUGCAAACUCCCACGUGCAAUCGCAACAGCCAAGUCUUCUCUUCAGCCCCACGAAACGCCACGUGGCCCCACUGCUUUGAAGGUUUGAGAGGUCUACAAGCAAGAAAAUGUCACGGAGACUCAACUCACAUUUUUUAAGCUUGGGCUCUGGGCAACUUGUUGGGACAAUUGUACAUUGUAGUUAGAGGAUUUCAGAAACUGUAUGACGGAUCUCUGCAUGAGUUGCUGCCGUUGCCAGACAUCACAACAGCAACGUAAGCCACACCGCAAAAAAAGAAAA